AUGUGGCGACUGGGCCCGUUGGCGCUGUACCGCGCGGCCGUGCUGUCGGCCCCCGCCGCGCUGCACCUCGCCGCACACGGCCCCGACCACGCCUGUCAGGUGAUGUGCGAGGAGCCCAACUACUCGGCUAUAUUGACUCCCGACGUGCUGGACAUCAACGUGGACUGGGAACAGGUGUUCGAGAUGCCGGCGGCGGCGCUGCGCGAGCUGCACGACCAGCUGCUGGCGACGUACUCCGCGCACGCGCACCAACACAUCAACCUCUACCAGCAGGUGUCCGCGCCGCAGACAGUAUCAGGGUUCAGCGGGCGGGGCGGCGGGUGCGCGGGCAGCGGCGUGGCGGACACGUUGCGCGUGCAGUGGGCGGGCCCCGCGCACGUGCAGCGACACCGCGGCUUCGCACCCGCACUGCUGCUGCUCGGCGGACCCGAAAUACUGCUCUACUUAUUUGCGAGAGUGGUGGAGGCGGGCGGCAGCGCGGAGCAGCAGGCGGCGGCGCUGGGCGUGGCGCUGCGGGCGGGGCGCAUCGACGCCCGUCUGCACGCCGCACUAUACGCACGCGACGCGCUGCAGCUGCUGCUGCCCGUGCUGGCCGCGCCCGCCUGCCGCGUCUCGCACCACAUGCUCAAGGAAAUCCUGGACGUGGCGUGCACCGGGCCGCUGCUGAGCGUGAGCGGGCAGUCGGUGCGGCUGGCGGCGCGCGCAGACUGCGCACUGCGCGAGCCGCGCCUGCUGCUGCUGCUGCUGCGCGCCUGGCCGCACCUCCACACCGUGCAGGUGUCGUGGGAGGUGGAGGGCGGCGAGGUGACGGAGAACGGGUCGCUGUGGGCGCUGGCGCUGGAGGCGAUCUGCGCGCUGCUGCGCGACGGCCCGCGCCGCGCCUUCAACCAGCACCAGGCGGCGCGCGCGCACCUCUUGCGGCACCUCCUGCUCGCCUGCAAGGAACGUUUCCUGAACUCAGACAGCGGGCCGCUGAGCACGUCGGCCAGCAACAGCCUGGUGGAGCUGGUGCGCGCGCUGGUCGGCACUCCGCCGCUGCCGGCUCACCUCGCGCUGCUGUGUGACUUCCUGCUGCUCAUGCACCAGGCGAGCGAUACUUUUGUGACGCAUUCCCGCGCCAACUUCUACUUCCUGCUGACGGCGGAGUCGCCGGAGGCCAGCGAGUUCAACUUCCUCACCUUCAUGAACAAGCGCAAGAACAAGCAGAACAAACUUAGGAAGAGUUUGGAGAGCCUCGCGCUCAACGACCCUCCCGAGGAGAGCAACGCGGGCGCCGACAACACCAAGCACAUGAAGGGCAUCAUCAACGCACACAUCAGGGACAGCAGGAAGGAAAAUGGUGCGGCGACGCAAACCAACGGAACUUCUAUAGGUGAUGGUGGUGAGGGGGGUGAGGGUGGUGAGGGGGGUGCGGACGCGCUGAGCGGCUACGUGCUGGUGGACGAGGACGAGCUGCGCCACACCACCGUGGAGCUGUACACCGGCGGCAUCUACCACCAGAGACGCGUGCGCGCGGGCGCCGAGCCGGGCUGGACGGCGUGCGCGGGCCUGCUGCUGCUGCUGCGCGACUCGCUGGCCGCGCUGCCGGACCAUCUGCUCGCUCAGCAGACGGUGUGCGGGCCGGUGCUGGCGGAGAGCCUGGUGGUGCUGGCCAACCAUCGCACGGCGUGCGUGCGCGCGGCCGUGGUGCGCUGCGUGUGCGCACUGCAGCGCCGCGCCCCGCGCGCCCUCGCCCACACCGCCGCCGGCGCACAUUACUACACACACCUCGCCGAUCAGAUAUCUCUGUACCCCGGGUCGUGGGAGCUGGCGACGGCGUGCGCCGCGCUGCUCACCAAGUGUGAUGUGCCGUUAGAGGAUCAGCUCGACGACGACAUCUGGGUGGAGCUGGGGGAGGAAGCGGCGCAGCGCGGCGCUCCGCUGCUGGCGCUGCUGCCGGUCUCGCUGCACUCGGUGCCGCUGGCGCACAACGUGACGCUGCUGCUGCGCCGCCUCGUGCACAAGGUGUCGCUGAAGGCGCUAACGGAGGUGGCGCUGGCGGAGGUGGUGGUGCGGGCGGUACGAGAUCUGGGUCGCAUGGACGAGGAGUUCGAGGGCCGCGACCUGCUGCUGGAGGACCUGUUCGAUCUCCUCAACAAGCUCGCCGUCAAAGCCCUCGCUAACAACCACACCAUGCAGAGCGCGGUGGACAUCCACCAGCAGCUGCGGUACGUGUCGGGGUCGGCGCGGGGGCGGGGCGCGGCGGGCGUGCGCCGGCUGGCCCGCGCCGCCGAGGCCGCACUCUUCGCCGCGCAGCUCGACCACCUGGAGGCGCACCUCGACCACUGCUACGCCACACACAACAAACACACCAACUAUUUUGCCAACGGUGACAGUCACAUCUUCAACGUCUCUCUAUUACUUUUUUGACUUAAGAAUCUCGCAUCAAAACGUCACGAAUAUCUUCUGCAACUGUAUGAAACAUAGUAAUAUCGUUGUAUGCGGG